AUGAAUAAGAGUUUAUUUGAUUUGGCUCUACAGUCUCAAAGGCAAGGCAAAUGGACCUAUUCUCUUUGGCUUUAUCAACGCCUUUUGGAACUUUCUCCUGACAAUGCCAGCGUCUAUUCCAAUAUGGGAGCACUUUUUAGCAGCCACCAUCAAUUUGAAACGGCUGUCGCCUUGUUAAAAAAAGCCAUUGAUAUUGACCCGAAACAUCCAGGAGCCCUAUCAAAUUUAGGUAAUGCUUAUCAACGUCAAGGCAUAUUUAAAGAAGCAGAAAAAUAUCUUAAAAAGUCCAUCAAACUCGCCCCAAAUCACUUUUCUGCUCAUCUAAACUUAAGCAUUGCUCUACGACGGCAAGACAAGAUCAAAGAGGCCUUAAAACAGCUAGAAAAAGCGUUAAAACUUUCUCCCGACAAUGCGGAUGCACACUUUAAUAAAGCUGUUUGUCACCUCUCUUUAGGGGAGCUAGAAAAAGCAUGGCCUCAUUACGAAUAUCGCUGGGGAAUGCGAGAAGCACAAGGAGCAAGACGCCAAUUUCCUCAACCCUUAUGGGAUGGCCAAAAACUAGAAGGAAGCACACUAUUUAUUUACUGUGAACAGGGUUUUGGGGAUGCAAUUCAAUUUGCACGCUAUAUUCCUAAAGCGGCUAAACACGUCAAACAAAUUAUUGUAGAAUGCCGCCCAGAAUUAGCCCGUGUCUUCCAAAGAAUAGAAGGUGUGACAAAUGUCGUCAUACGUGGGCAAAAACUCCCAAACUUCGAUAUCCAUAUUCCGCUUUUAAGUUUACCACAUGUAUUUAAAACAACUCUUAAAAGUAUUCCGAAAAAUGUUCCCUACAUUGCAGCACCAGAGCCAAAACAACCCAUUCAACUUUUGGAAAAUCACAAGAAAAAAUGGCGUGUAGGACUUGUCUGGGAAUGUAGCCUCACCAAUAAAAUGGCUAGAAUGCGCGCAAUAGAACUUGACCUCUUUAAACCCUUAAUGGAUAUUCCCAACACACAAUUUUACAGCCUGCAACAUGGCCCAAAUGCCUUAGAUAUUUACAAGCCGUCUUUUGUAGAGAAGAUUAUUGACUUAUCUCCACUUACGACAGAUUUUCUCUCCACCGCAAUUCUCAUCGAAAAUUUGGACCUCGUCAUUUCAAUUGAUACUUCAGUUACACACUUAGCAGGAGCACUUGGCAAAACAACUUGGACACUUCUUCCAAAAGUUGCUGAAUGGCGUUGGAUGACGAAAGGGACAUCAAGUCCCUGGUACCCUUCGAUGAAACUAUUCCGCCAGAAAGAGGAAGGCAAUUGGGAAGAGCUAAUCACACGUGUUCAAAAGGAAUUGAAAAGCUUUGCAAAAACUUCCAAGUCUUAG